AUUCACAAAAUUCUCUUUCACUUUCAUGAGUAUAUAUGAAUUCAUAAACAAAUUACAAAAUAUAUGUAUAUAUCAUAUAAAAAGUGUGAAUAUAUAUCCAUAUAUAUAAAUAUAGUAUUUAAAAAAAUGGAUAACAAUAUGGAAGAGAAAUGGAUAAAACACUAUAGCAGCUGGCAGAAGAUGCUUUUGGUUGGGGAAGGGAAUUUCUCAUUUUCUUCAUGUUUAGCUAGAGCUUUUGGCUCUGCAACUAACAUGGUUGCGACUUCUUUUGAUGAUAAAGUGACUUUGUUGAGGAGGUAUGGGAUAAACUGCGCAUCGUAUUUGGAGGACUUGGAAGAGAGAGGGUGUUUGGUGUUACAUGAAGUGGAUGUACAUGACAUGAACCAACAUCCAACAUUAAAAUCCAUGAAAUUUGAUGUUAUCAUCUUCAACUUCCCUCAUGCAGGCCAUGUAAGCUGGUUAAAAGAAAGAGACGAAUUACUUAUCGUGAGGCAUAGGCAUUUGGUGAGGGCUUUUUUUGAAAGUGCGAGUGAGUUGUUGAAAGAAGAUGGUGAAGUUCAUAUAACACAUAGGGAUGACGAUCCAUAUAGACAAUGGAAACUGGAGGAGCUUUGUGAAACUGCUGGUUUUUGUUUGAAAGAGAAAGUAGAAUUCAAUAAGAAGGACUACCCUGGCUAUAUCAAUAAGAGGGGCGGCAAUAUCAACGGCAAUGUUACGUUUCCUCUCAAGGACUGCAGCUUCACAUUUAAAUUUUAUCUGCAAGAAUCUGGUUCCUCAUUGACUUCUAAUGAUGAUGAUGGAUAUCAUAAGGCUAGUGAAGCUAUUGCUAAUGAACUGAGUGGCAUUUUAGCUGAAUUGGGUUCAAAGUUUGGACUCAAUUAGGUGGCCCAUUAUGUAUGAGAAAUGGGUUUGGUUUCUAAAUGAUAUAUCCAAACCUCGGAGGAGUAGAAGGUUAGAGUUCUCCUGUACUUUGAUUUAAGGUUGAUUCAGAAUAUACUGUGAGAGUUGAAUUUGAAGAAACCCAAUUUUAUUUUGUUA